AGUGGGAGGAAUAGUGCCCCAUCAUUGGUAUCAGUGGGAGGAAUAGUGCCCCAUCGUUGGUGUCAGUGGGGAGGAGGAAUAGUGCCCCAUCGUUUGGUGUCAGUGGGGAGGAGGAAUAGUGCCCCAUCGUUGGUGUCAGUGGGGAGGAGGAAUAGUGCCCCAUCGUUGGUGUCAGUGGGGAGGAGGAAUAGUGCCCCAUCGUUGGUGUCAUGGGGAGGAGGAAUAGUGCCCCAUCGUUGGUGUCAGUGGGGAGGAGGAAUAGUGCCCCAUCGUUGGUGUCAGUGGGGAGGAGGAAUAGUGCCCCCAUCG